GAAGGAUUGUUUCUACUUUUUACUCUCAAAUGGACACACGAGGUAAUUAUGGGCAAGGAAUCAAGGAUAAGCCAAGCUUUUGCUGUGUUAUCAGCUUGUGGUAGGCUUGCUUUUUAUCCACACACAAAUAUCAUACUUCAUUGGUUAACAUUGGACUGAAUCGUGGCAAAAGGCCAGCCUCUGCUGACGCUUCAAUUGACAAACAUUUGAAGAAAUACAUAUAUGAGCUACCGAGUAACGUCAGCAUGGCUUCUUUGCUUGCUCCAGCUGCAAUAACACUGCAAAAGAAUCCAAAAUCUAAUUGCUUUUCUCCCUUGAAGCCCAAUUUCAAGAACAUUCACCUAUCUUUCCCAAACCGUUUCAAAAUUAAUGCAUUGUUUGGCGAUCUCCCGGACGAUCUUUUAGACAACCCAUUGGCUCAAAUCCCCAUUUUAAGAAAUGGGAUUUUGCAGUUCCAGAGCAUUACAGGGGAAGUUCCAGAAACCCAGAAAUGGGGGUUACUGUUCUUUGUUGGGUUGACCUGGAUUUACCUAACUGCAAGGCCUGGUGUCCUCAUAGGUGCCAUUGAUGCAUAUCUUCUAGCUCCUUUGCAACUGGGUUUGGAUAGUUUGAUUGGAAGGAGGAGCCUCAAGAGGACGGAUUUUGUGGUUGGAGAUAAAUUGGGAGAAGGGUCCUAUGGUGUUGUCUAUUAUGGUUUGGUGGUUCCAAAGAACGUGGAUGUCGAAGAGCAGCCGCAGAGGAGAGGAAGAGGAAAAGCAUUGGACCUGGAUGGGAGGUUCAAGGAGAAAGUCAUUCUUAAAAAGGUGAAGGUUGGAGUUCAAGGAGCUGAAACUUUUGGUGAUUUUGAGGAGUGGUUUAACUACAGACUGUCGAGGGCAGCUCCCGAAACGUGUGCUGAGUUCCUUGGAAGCUUUGUUGCUGACAAAACGAACACACAAUUUACUAAGGGUGGGAAAUGGCUCGUUUGGAAAUUUGAGGGAGAUAGGACUCUUGCUGACUACAUGAAAGAUCGUAACUUCCCUUUAAACUUGGAGUCUCUUGUGUUUGGACGUGUCUUGCAAGGUGUAGAUUCAGUAAAACGAAAUGCAUUGAUCAUCAAGCAAAUAAUGCGCCAGGUUAUUACUUCACUUAAGAAAAUCCAUGACACGGGCAUUGUUCACCGUGAUGUGAAGCCAGCAAAUUUAGUUGUUACAAAGAAGGGAAAGAUCAAGCUCAUAGAUUUUGGUGCUGCCGCAGACCUUCGUGUUGGCAAGAACUAUAUUCCAAACACUACACUGCUCGAUCCUGAUUACUGUCCCCCUGAACUAUAUGUACUUCCAGAAGCAACUCCAAGUCCUCCCCCAGAGCCCAUUGCCGCCUUCUUUUCUCCAAUUUUAUGGCAGCUGAAUAGCCCUGAUUUGUUCGAUAUGUAUUCUGCGGGGAUUGUUCUCUUGCAAAUGGCUGUUCCAACACUGAGGUCUACAGCAGGCUUGAAGAAUUUCAAUUUGGAAUUAAAGACUGUCAAAUAUGAUUUGAAUAGAUGGAGGGAGUGCACUCGGUUGAGACCUGACUUGACAAUUCUUGAUCUUGACUCGGGUAGAGGAUGGGAUCUAGCCACAAAGCUUAUAUCAGAAAGAGGGUCUCUUAGACGGGGGCGCUUAUCAGCUGCUGCUGCUCUAAGGCAUCCUUAUUUCUUGUUGGGUGGAGACCAGGCAGUUGCCAUCCUUUCAAAGUUUAGCUUAUCCAAGCAGUGACCCUAGGUGAUAUGAUUUAUGUGAGUAUAUGUUCUGCUCCUCUCCUUCUCCUUCUCCUCCUUCUUUUAUCUUUUUGUUAGACAUCAGCUUUUUCACAGGCAAAUGAACCAAAGUGCACAUGAUUCCAUUCCCGGACCUCUUGAUGAUGUUUCGGACAUAAUUUACUUGCUGAUUUUACUGAUGAACUCUGAGAAAUUAUCUGUUGUAUCAUAUUUGAUCAGCAAUGGAGAGGCUUCCCGGUAAAUUGCUCGUUUGCUGAUUUAUGGAUGUUUCUGGUUUUACACCUUGUUUGAUGAGCACUUGGGUGUUUAUUCAAGUGGUCCUUUUAGCAUUGAAGGAAUUCAGGGAAGGCCUUAUCUUUGACUUCUCAGCUGUGAAAGUUCUUCUCCAUCAACAACUAGAUUGCUUUGUUCCAGAUCCUACCAAUAUUCAUAGUUCUUGUAAACUACAUUUUCUUGCUCAUUGAGAAGCCAAGAUCAAAUGUAUAGUGAUACGACCCUGACUGAUAAUUACAUUACAGAUGAUACUGCUGAGUUUAAUGCAGUUUAUGAAGUAAACAUUUGUAUUCCUUUAUCAAUCCACAUCAAUGUUCAAGCA